AUGAAAUUUCUCAGCCUUUUCUUGGUGUUCAUCUGGUGUUUUGUUUCUGUCUCUGAUGCCUAUAGAAACUUCUUCGUUGGUGGCAAUGAGUUGGCUGCUAGACAAAGUUUCCAGGUCGAUGUCAUCCUCGGGCCAGCCUUGGCUCCUACAUCUCCCAAACAUCACGGUCCUGUUGUAGCGCCGGCUUUGAGGCCAACACAGUCUCCAUAUCAUCAUGGUCCGACUUCUAGUCCAGGCUUGUCCCCUAGAUCUACAGCACCUAUAACUAAACCUCCUAAAGAAUCAAGACCAUCACCUUGGCCAGCACACUCCCCCAAGCAUCAUGGUCCGGUUUCAGGGCCGGCCUUGGCUCCUACAUCUCCCAAGCAUCACGGUCCUAUUGUAGCGCCUUCUUCGGGGCCAACACGCUCUCCGUAUCAACACAGUCCAAAUGCUAGUCCAGGCUUGUCUCCUACAUCUACAGCACCUGUGGCUGAACCUCCUAAAGAAUCAAGACCGUCUCCUUGGCCAGCACACUCUCCCAAGCAUCAUGGUCCGGUUUCAGUCCCAGCCUUGGCUCCUACAUCACCAACACCCGGUGCAGCACCUCCUAAAGAAUCAUUUGCUUCACCUGGAUCAUCUCCAUGGUCUGCACACUCUCCCGAUCACCGUGGUCCAGUUUCUGGGCCAACAACCUCGACUCCUAGUCCUACAUAUGUGUCACCGGUUGCUGAACCUCCUAAACAAUCAUCUGCACCAUAUUCAGUCCCAACACAUCCUCCUAAAACUUCAUCUCCAUCUCCACGUUCAGCAUCACCCCAAGCUUCAACUCCACCUUCUUUCAAUCGUCCUAUUCAGGCACCAACUUCAAACCCACCAGCUCCACCACAGGCUAUUCCAUCUCAAUCACCGAUAGAUUCAUCGACACCUCCUGAUACACAAAUAGGCUCUCCGACUAGUGAGUUCGAGCCGGCUGUGGCUCCUGCAAAGGCAUUUGCCACUGCAACUAAUUCCAGUGUUAUGGUUUUAGCAGCUAGUGUCUUCUUGAGUAUGGUACUUGGUAGCUUUGUGGGUGUUUUCUAGAACUAUU